AUGUUAGCCAAUGGAGAGCUGCCUCCCUUCAUUCAGAAGGAAUGGGAGCGUGUAUCCAAGUUGAAAUCCGGGAAGCGAGAGCGUCAGACGGCUAUCAUCAAUGCUAUCUAUGAUCGUUCGGCCGCAGGACGAUUGAUCCUCAACACGGACAAGGCCAUCUUCGAAACUAUGCGCUCUGACUACCAAGAUACGAAGAGCAGGAGGGAAAUGAAGACUCUCCCUCUGCUGCUCUUUUGCGGAAAAUUCCGCCUGAGUGCAGAAGCAGUGCAGCAAGGUCUCCGAGAGGGACAAUUCAUGGAAGUGGAGACAGCGAAUGGCAAGGAGUAUGGAUGGAGACAAAGCACCUUCUCCGAGGUCAAGGGCGUCAAAACUGCGACAGGAUACAAGAUGUCAGAAGAAGGAGACAAGGACACGAUGCAGAAGUACAUGGAGAUGGCCCAAUGCUGGAAAAGUGGCAUCCAGCGUCCACAGGCCAUUGCUAGUGGGUCCAACCGGCUCGCCAUUUGCGAUGUGGAGUCGCCGUUGUCUCAGGAGGAAUGGGGUGUCGCACACAAACAGUUGCAGUCGGCCUUUGCGGCCUUAGAUCAGCAGGAGAAGCAUGCGAUGAAACACAUGGCUGUCAUCGAGCAGAACGAAGACGAGCCAUUGUACCCUCUGUUGAAAGCAGCCAUCCAAGAGAUUCGACGGGUCAAGGCGGAGAUCACUCACGUGCAGUCCUUCAAGGAGUUGCCGUUCGGGAUGAAAUUGACUUUGAAGACAUACAACGAUUUUUGCACACCCAGGGACAGAUCUGUGAAGCUCAGGAAGAUGUGA